AUGACGCAAUCCAAUCAAACAACGAAUAAGAAACGCCGAGUCGCAAGCCCCGCCCCCUCCGACUUCCUUCUGUUUUCCGUUCUGCCGGGUUGCAUUUCUCUCGGAAGCACCGACUCAAAACAUUACUUCAAAAACCAAGUCAAAGUCGGGCUCUUUGGCUCUGGGGUGGGACUCUCAGUGGUGCUCGGAUUCAGCGCUGCUUAUGCCUGCUACUACCUGCUCUCUGUGGCCAAGAAACCCAUACUGAUAGCUGGAGGAAAGAAGUUUCAUCAGUUCCUGAGGGACAAAUGCCCCGUGGUCUCAGAGACAUACUACCCCACGUUCUGGUGCUGGGAGAGCCGGGUGCAAACGCUGCUCAGACCCUUCGUGACCACCAAGCCCUGGGUCAACUACAGAAAUGAGCUCAUUAGCGCACCAGAUGGAGGCCAGAUCUCUCUGGAUUGGUUUGACAAUGAUGACAGCGCGUCCCACCCGGACCAGGCCACGUGCCCCACUGUGCUGCUGCUCCCGGGACUGACGGGCACAAGCCGCGAAUCCUACAUUCUGCAUAUGGUACAGCAAAGCCGGGAUCUGGGCUACAGAUGUGUGGUGUUCAAUAACAGAGGAGUAUCGGGUGAAAAGUUACUGACGCCUAGGACGUACUGCGCAGCGAACACAGAGGAUCUGGAGGUGGUCAUUGAACAUGUCCAGCGGACCAUUGACAAAGCUCCGCUCAUGGCGGCUGGGGUUUCAAUGGGCGGGAUGAUGCUGGCGAACUAUCUGGGUCGGAAGGGCUCUGAGGUGCAUCUGAAGGGAGUGGUGGUUUUCUCGGCAGGCUGGGAUGUGUUUGAGGGCACGGCUUCACUGGAAAAGCCCCUGGACCGCUUCCUCUUCAACUCCUACCUCACCAGCUGCCUGCAGGCAUCCGUGGACCGUCACAGAAUCAUUCUUGAAAAGAAAUAUGACAUAGACCACGUGAUGAAGGCUAAAACAAUCCGAGAGUUUGAUGAACGUUUCACAUCCAUCAUGUUCGGCUAUCCAUCCAAUGACGACUACUAUCGAGACGCGAGCCCCAUUCACAAGAUCAAGUCUGUGCAGGUGCCAAUGCUGUGCCUCAACGCAGCAGACGAUGUCUUUUCCCCCAAUCAUGCCUUUCCAGUGGAGGCGGUGAAGCAGAACCCCAAUGUGGCCCUGCUCAUCACCUGUCACGGGGGCCAUAUUGGCUUCCUGGAGGGUCUGUGGCCACGGCAGAGCACCUACAUGGACCGAGUCUUUCGCCAGUUCACCAGUGCCGUGUUUGAGAACGCCAGCAGUCUGGAUGGUCUCCACUGACCUUCUCUUUCCAUUCCCUCUACAGCCAUGAGCAAAAAAAUCUGGAUACAUUUCCAAAAAUGAAGUGCACAGGUUCACUUGAGGGCCAGGAUUGUAUUUUUGUUUUCGUUUUUUUAUUAUAAGCACAUUUGUGCGGAGCCCCGCACAUGAC